AUGGGGGAGGAGAAAAAGGAAGAAGAAGAGGCUCAACAGAUGGUGCUAAAAGUUGAUAUGCAUUGUGAAGGUUGUGCUAGAAAAGUUGCUAGAGCCUUGAAAGACUUUCAAGGAGUAGAGGAAGUAACGAUGGAUUACAAGGAGAGUAGGGUGGUGGUGAAAGGCAAAAAUGUAGAUCCACUUAAAGUGUGUGAAAGGGUGGAAAGGAAAUGUGGUAGAAAAGUUGAACUUAUUUCACAUAUGACAAAGCCAUUUGAAGAAAAUACAAAGGAAGAAGAAAUUAAGAAAGAAGAAGAGUCCAAACAAGAGAAAAAAGAUGAGCCUCCUCCAGAAGUAACACUUGUGUUGAACGUUCAAAUGCAUUGUGAUGCUUGUGCUCAAGUUCUGCAGAAGAAAAUCCGCAAAAUAAAAGGUGUAGAAUGUGUUACGACAGAUGUUGAAAAAAGUCAAGUAAUUGUAAAAGGUGUCAAUAUUGACCCAGAAAAGCUAGUUAAUGAUGUGUAUAAGAGAAGCGGAAAACAAGUUUCAGUUGUAAAUAAUAUUAUUCAAGAGAAAAAAGAAGAAGAAGAGAAGCAAAAAGAAGAAGAAGAAGAUACAAUUAUAAAGAAUUAUAAUUUGGCUCAAAAUUACAACUACAACAACAUGGAGUACUAUGCUAAUAAUUCUCCUCAAUUUUUCAGUGAUGACAAUCCUCAUGCUUGCUCUCUAAUGUAACUUAUUUUUCAGGCCAAUUCAAUUUUACUUCACCAAUUUUCAAUAUAUACUCUAAUAAUUAUUAUAUUGUUACGUAUAAUAAACGUGAACAAUUGAUGAUU